AUGGAGGCCUUCGAGACAUACCAAACACCGCUCUCCAGUCGCUAUGCGAGCAAGGAAAUGGCCCACCUCUUUUCAGCUGCCGUUCGUGCUCAAAACAAUCGCUUCUCCACGUGGCGAAAGCUAUGGCUAAAUCUCGCGAUUGCGGAAAAGGAGCUUGGGUUGCACCAAAUUACCGAUGAGGCUAUCGCGCAGAUGAAGGCGAAUCUGGAUCUUACCCCAGAGCAAUUCGAUGUUGCCGCAAAAGAAGAAAAGAAAAGGAGACACGACGUUAUGGCGCACGUCCACACAUUCGGCACUGUUGCCCCAGCUGCCGCCGGAAUCAUUCACUUGGGAGCCACAUCGUGUUAUGUCACCGAUAACGCCGACCUCAUCUUUCUCCGUACUGGGCUGGACUACCUCAUCCACUCCCUCUCGGUAUUAAUCUCGCGACUGUCCAACUUUGCUGCUCAGUAUCGAGCCCUCCCGACGUUGGGCUUCACACAUUUUCAGCCUGCACAGCUGACAACUGUCGGAAAACGAGCGACAUUAUGGAUACAAGAGCUUCUCUGGGACCUUCGUAACCUCAAACGCGCACGAGAUGAUUUGGGAUUCCGUGGAGUCAAAGGAACAACGGGAACUCAGGCGAGCUUUUUGACGUUGUUCAAAGGUGAUCACGACAAGGUCAUUCAACUCGAUAAACUCGUCACGAAACUCUCAGGUUUCGAGUAUGCGUACCCGGUCACCUCUCAAACCUACUCGCGCAAAGUAGACAUCGAUGUUUUGGCGCCUUUAGCAUCUCUGGGUGCCACAGCGCAUAAACUUGCGACAGAUAUUCGGCUUCUUGCGAACCUCAAGGAAGUCGAAGAACCGUUCGAGUCAACGCAGAUAGGCUCUUCUGCUAUGGCAUACAAGAGGAAUCCAAUGCGUUCAGAGCGGGUCUGCAGUCUCUCUCGCCAUUUGAUGGUCUUACACCAAAAUGCUCUGAUGACGGCAGGCGUACAGUGGUUCGAAAGAACUUUGGACGACAGGCGAGUUUGUUUUCUCCCCUUUAGCAACUAUGCAAACCGUCGCGUUACAUUACCGGAGGCAUUUUUAACAGCCGAUAUUGUCCUUUCGACACUGCAAAACAUCUCUGAGGGACUUGUUGUUUACCCCAAGGUCAUUGCGCGACGGAUUUCCCAGGAGUUGCCGUUCAUGGCCACGGAGAAUAUCAUCAUGGAGAUUGUGAAGAAGGGAGGAGACCGACAGGAAGCUCAUGAAAAGAUUCGGGUUCUUUCUCAUGAAGCUGCAUACCAAGUCAAAGAGCUCGGGCUCGAGAAUGACCUUAUCGAGCGCGUAAGGGCGGACCCGUACUUUGACCCUAUCAAGGAUGAACUCGACAGCCUGCUGGACCCCGACACAUUCAUUGGUCGAGCACCAGAGCAGGUCGAUGCAUUCUUGAAGGAAUGGGUCGAGCCUGCUUUGGCAGACCCUGCACUUCAAGAAGCCAUUCAAAAGAGCGUCAAAGUCGAGUUGAGCGUGUAG